UCUCGAGGGUCGCGCGCGGGGGCGAGCAUGAUGUCGAGGGUUGCUAGGGCAACCGUGGCUGCCGGCUAAUCUCGCGCCAGCUGACGAGCCGGCACCUAGACGAGACGAGACAGAGACGGCAAUGGCGGCUCCUUUGGUUGUGUUGCUGGCGAGUGCCGAAAGACAACGACGCGACGCGUUCGGCAUGGCCGAAGAAGAGUUUCGAAGGCAUUUUAGGCUCUCCAAAGACAUAGUGUGACGUCUUUGCGAUGAGCUGGAAGGACAUCUCGGACCUCAAAGAUUUCGUGGUGUCGACACUACGAUGAAAGUGCUGUGCGCGCUGCGGUUUUUUGCCACCGGGAGCUUUCAACAGUGCGUCGGGAAUGAAGAAGCGAUUGCACUGUCGCAGCCUUCGGUCAGCCGGAUCAUUACAGCCGUCGCCAAGGCCAUUACGGUUGUGGGCAAAGAAAAAGGAUGGGUUAGAUUCCCAUCCACGGCGCAACAGAAAGCCGCCGUCAAGGAAGGCUUUCUUAGCCGUGGAAAAAUUCCAGGAGUUCUAGGAUGUGUGGACGGGAGUCUGAUAGCCAUCGUUCGCCCUAAGAAGCUCGGCCCCGGCGAAACGGAAUCGUACUGGAGCCGUAAAGGGUAUUACGCCCUCAACUGCAUGGUCGUGUGUGAUGCAAAGCUGAAUAUCCUGGCAAUUGACCCACGGUUUCCGGGAUCGUGCCACGAUUAUUUCGUUUGGAGGCAUUCUGCAUUUCGCCGCCGCCUCACUCGUGGCCUGUUACUUCAUGGAGAAGUCUUGCUUUGGGACUCUGGGUACCCGCUAGAGCCAUGGAUCAUGACUCCUGUGCCUGGUCACCCAAAUCGCCUCACGGCAGAGGGGCGCUAUAAUGAGGCACACGCAUCAAUGCGAAAUGCCGUUGUGCGGUGCACAAGAGUCGUCAAGAGCCGCUUCCGAUGCCUGCGGAGGUAUCGGGUGCUCCGCUACUCGCCUCAGAAAGCAGCCACUAUUGUUGCAGCUUGUGCAGCGCUGCAUAACCUCUGCCUUGCAGCAGGCGUGCCUCUGCCAGGCGACCCAGAUGACGACGGUGCACAUGACGACAGCGCACAGGAGCCAGCCCAGGCACAAGUGCCGCUUCAAGUACAGGUGCCACCGCAGGCGCACCCUGUACAGCCUUCUCGAGCUUUGUUUCAAAGAGGCCGUGCGGUGCGCGAAUCCAUAGUUGGUGUGUUUUGGCUGCCCAGAAAUUUGCGCAUUGCCUACCUGCAAAGUGUGCGCCGGCGCAUUCGCUGGCAAAUGAGGCGGAGACGUGUGCUAGUGUAA